GCUUGAUGUUGGUUCAAGUACAGCUUGCAAAUAGAGCGGAGAAGCAUCCAGUGUGGCAAUUAAAUUUACGACCCCAAAGGUGUAGCUAGCUGGCUACUGCCCCUCUCUGCCUCUCCCUCUUGACUUAUCCCCAACAGUACGAGGGGAACAAAAACAGUGCAGAAGGCAAAUUCUAACAGAGAAAAUGAACGCUGGCUUGUUUCAACGAGUUUAUUCCAGGACAGUUCGCAUUGUGGCAGGUAUCUGUACAACAGCUGUAUUUGGAAUCAACACUUUACCUCAUUUUUUCCCAGAAAAAACAAUAGCAGCGACUCAAGGAAUAUACGAAGAAGAUGUUAGUGAUCACCACAAAACUUUGCUAGAUGAGGCUUGCAAAUGUAUGAACAUCGAUGAACGAUGUGUAAAAAUUGUGUACACCUCUGGUUUCAGUACAAACAGUGCGGGAAGUGUUUUUCUACCAAACAAGGCUGUCAUAGGGCUUCCAAGAAAUGCUGUGUUCAAGAACCCAGAGGAUGUGACAAGGGCAAAUAUCACAUUUGAAAACAAACCUAUAGAUUGGAACUCGAACGCUGGUAAAGCUUUAAUAGACUCGGUUUUAUUAGAUGAUGAUAAUAUCAAGUUUUUAAUUGGUCAUGAACUAACUCAUAUCAAGGAUUUGAAUUUUCUUCAAACGACGGCACAUGCUACUGGCUGCUUUUAUGGUUUCUACAAAGCAGGAGUCUUUCUCCCAACUUUAGUAAAGGGACAAACUUUCUUUGGUAUAAUACUGAUGAACGUGUUGAUUUGGACAAUAGGAUUGACUGUUUAUUUUGACACUAGAAAACAGUUAGCACAUCGGGCAGAGUAUAUAGCAGAUGAAAAAUCAGCACUGUUAGGUCGUGAUUACUGCACAGGUGGUAUAAGCUACAUGAGAAAGAGGUUGAAAAACAAUCGUGUUAUUCGCAAAUUGCGUGGCGUGGAAGGCGAACAAGCAUACUCAAAAGUUGGUGAUUAUUUACAGGAAGAUUCAACACAUCCGAAGCGUACAGAUAGACUGAAAAAAUUAAAAGAGACAAUGUUAGAAUAUGAUAAUAAUAACAACAGUGUAGAGGAGAAAACAUUUCGUUGAAGUAAACUUAAAUUGUUAA